AUGCGAAAGUCAAGACGCCAGCCAACGCCGUCUCUUGGCACCUUGGCACAUGAUCGGAACCGAUACAAGCACAAGUCACCGGAUUUCUACGCAUUGGGUCAGCAAUACAAAAACUUUAAGCAGUAUUUGUACAAUGUAGACAAUGUGAAUAGCCAUGCUUCACUUUCUUGGGAUAACCCUUUUGCGGUUAGGGAAUUGACCAAAACGCUUCUCUUACAUGAUUUUGGAUUGCAAUGGGAUAUUCCAAUUAAUCGACUGUGUCCACCGCUGCCGAAUCGAUUGAAUUAUCUUCAUUGGAUUGAAGAUCUGCUCGGCCACCCCCCACUUGACAGCAAAUUUCGAGCGCAAGAGCAAGACCAAAAAGCAAGCGAAAAUAUUGUGUAUGGAAUUGAUGUAGGGACAGGUGCAAAUUGCAUUUAUGCGUUACUUGGUGCAACGAUGAAUAAGUGGAAGUUUAUUGCGACGGAGAUUGAUGCUGAGUCAUUUGCGUGUGCAAAAGAGAAUGUAGCUCGCAAUCAGCUUGAAUCUAUGAUUACUGUAAAGCAAACGCAGACGAACAAGUUGUUAUUCGAGCCAUUGCAAGAUGAGCCAAUGGAACGCAAAUUUCACUUUGUCAUGUGCAACCCACCUUUCUUCGACAACAUGGAUGAAGCGGACACAAACCCAGCGUCGAGCUGUAUGGGUAGUGCCAACGAGAUGGUGUUCCCAGGAGGUGAAGUUGCAUUCAUUGGAAACAUGAUUUUGGAGAGCGUGGAACUGCAGGACCGUGUACUGUGGUAUACCUCAAUGGUUGGCAAAAAAGCAAGUUUGCGCAAGGUUCUAGCUCUGCUUCGCGAAAAAAAGGUGCGAACUACUCGCACUACUGAGUUUUGUCAGGGACGAACGAAGCGAUGGGGAAUUGCGUGGACAUUUGCCAGAGAUAUGAUGGACGACCCUUGUGAAAAGGUACUAGGUAAGCGGAAAGAAGCCCAUCGCAGACAGCAAUAUAGCUUCCGAGUGCCACUGAAAAGUAAAGCAGAAAAUGGUUGUGCUACGAUUAAUGAGGUUUUUCUGCGACUUCGUGAGUUUAUCGAGACGAAAGAAGAGCUUAAGCUUUCCGAGAACAUUGCGAGUCAGCAGAACCAAGAGGAGGUCCUACAACAAGAAUAUCAAGAAUCGCAAAUGUAUCGCUUGGAACAGCACAAGCUGGAUCGACAAACAUCUGGUGAGAAUCGAACCAAAGUACAUAGCGUCGGCCGAGUGGAAAUACUUACAUUGAAUGACAGCAACAACGGUGGUUUUCAAGUCUUGGUUGUUUACGAAGAAGGAGAACGAGGGGCAUUCUGGACAAUAGCCAAUAUGCUUGAAGCAGCCAUUAUUCGGACAGGACGUCAGUGGAGAAGAAGAAAGCUUGAACGAAACAAACAGGAUUGA